AUGUUCUCCCAUGAAGAAAAGUGUGAUAUGUUAGAAUGCUAUUUAGUGUGCAGAAAAUCCUCCUUGAGAGCAAGAGAAUACUACAGUGAAUUAUAUCCCGCUCGCAUUCAACCGUAUGAACGAUAUUUUCUGAGACUUUAUCGAAAAUUUAGGGGCAACGAAAAUGUUUUUGCUAAAACAAGGGCAAAAAAAGAAUUCAUAAUAAGCGAGGCCACGGAAAUUGCAGUUAUUGGAUAUUUUGAAGCUUAUCGUGAGAAUUCAAUAGCAGAUAUUCUCAAGGACUCUAAUUUCAGUUAUGGUACUGUUCAAAGGAUUUUAAAAAAAUACAAAUUUAUUCCGUAUAAGUACCGACCAGUUCAAACGCUUUUGGCAGGGGAUCCAGAGAGAAGACUUGUUUUUUGCCAUUGGUAUCUUAGCUUCUGUCGCCAAAAUAUAAAUAACUUUCGUUACCUUUUAUGGACAGAUGAAUCAAAUUUUUCAAAUUCUGGAAUAGAAAAUCUGUUGUUAGUACAUCCAAGAGGCCCACAAGUCCGUUUCAGUUUCAACGUUUGGUGCGGUAUAAUUGGUUCAAAAAUUGUUGGCCCGCUCUUUUAUGAGGGAACCCUAACUGGUGAAAGAUAUGUGGAAUUUAUGCCAGAAAUUCUGACUAAUAUCUUAGACGAAUUGGAUCUUAUAAGUAGACAUCAUCUGCAUUUUCAGCAAGAUGGCGCACCUGCCCACAACUCCAGAGGUACUUAUCAUUUUCUAAGUACUACUUUUAAUGAUCAGUGGAUAGGAACAAAUGGCCCAAUACAGUGGCCUCCCAGAUCGCCAGAUCUAGACCCACUUGAUUACUUCUUGUGGGGUUACUUAAAGAACCAAAUUUACAAGCGAAGGUACGAUAACCUUGACGCGUUAAAGACUGCAGUUAGGGAAAAGAUAACCCAGAUAGAUGGUAGGACCAUACUUAAGACAGUUCGAGCAGUUGAAAAACGUGCCCAAAAUAGACAAUUAUCGCAACAAGAAUGCCUUGCUGAGCGUGGACGGGUGAGUCUUAGCGACGAUUCCAGGGUGGGUGCACCAAAAACGGCAGUCACCCAGGAAAACGUCGAUGCUGUGCGCAAACUCAUCAAUGAAGAUAGACAUGUGACAUAUCGCGAGAUUGAGGCAAAAUUAGUUUCUCGUUGGACACACCACCUGUUGACUGAAGAGCAGAAAGCAGCCAGGGUUAAUUGGUGUCAAAAAACGCUUGACCGUGAAGAAAAGCCAACAAAGGUCAUCCGUUCUCGAAGUGUUUCGAAAAAGAUGGUCGCGACAUUUGUGUCGAAAGCGGGUCAUAUUGCAACAAUUCCUCUCAAUGAACAAAGAACUGUCACUGCGGAUUGGUAUACCACCAUUUGUUUGCCAAAAGUCAUCAGCGAGCUUCGAAAAAUCAACCCCGAAAGAAGAAUCAUCCUCCACCAAGACAAUGCAAGCUCGCACGCAGCCCAAGAAACAAGGCAGUAUUUAACGGAAGAAAAUGUGGAAUUAUUGGACCAUCCUCCAUAUAGUCCCGAUAUAAGUCCUAACGAUUUCUUUACUUUCCCGAAAAUUAAAAACAGACUGCGUGGUCAAAGGUUCCAGUCACCAGAAGAAGCAGUUGACGCAUUCAAAAAUGCCGUUUUGGAUUUGCCAGCAAAAGAGUGGAAUAAGUGCUUCGAAAAUUGGUUCGAGCGCAUACUUCCAAAGGCAGCAUGUCAAAUAUGA